AUGGUUGACAAAAAUCAUACCAUAAAAAACGAGUUCAUCCUCACAGGAUUCUCAGAUCACCCAGACAUGAAGACCCUUCUGUUCACAGUGUUCUUUGUCAUUUAUCUGAUCACCAUGGUAGGGAAUAUUGGUCUGGUGAUACUGAUUUCAAAGGAACGGUCUCUUCACAUGCCAAUGUAUAUCUUUCUAGGUAACCUGGCUUUUGUGGAUUCUUGCUGUGCUUGUGCUAUUACUCCUAAAAUGUUAGGAAACUUCUUUUCUGAGGACAAAAGGAUUUCCCUCUAUGAAUGUAUGGCACAAUUUUAUUUUCUCUGCACUGUUGAAACAGCAGACUGCUUUCUUCUUGCAGCAAUGGCCUAUGACCGCUAUGUUGCCAUAUGCAGCCCACUGCAGUACCACAUCAGGAUGUCCAAGAAACUCUGCAUUCAGAUGACCACAGGAGCCUACAUAGCUGGAAAUCUGCAUUCUAUGAUUCAUGUUGGACUUCUACUUAGGUUAACAUUCUGUGGGUCUAAUCACAUCAACCACUUUUAUUGUGAUAUUCUCCCCUUAUACAGACUCUCCUGUGUUGACCCUUAUGUUAAUGAACUGGUGCUAUUUGUCUUUUCAGGCUCAAUUCAAGUCUUCACAAUAGGUAGUGUCUUAAUAUCUUAUGUGUACAUUCUUUUUACUAUUUUCAAAAUGAAGUCCAAAGAGGGAAGGCUCAAAGCCCUUUCCACCUGUGCAUCUCACUUUUUAUCAGUUUCAUUAUUCUAUGGAUCUCUUUUCUUCAUGUACAUCAGACCCAAUUUACUAGAAGAAGGAGAUAAAGAGACACCAGCUGCUAUUUUGUUUACUAUAGCAGUUCCCCUUCUAAAUCCUUUCAUUUAUAGCCUAAGAAAUAAGGAAGUAAAAAGUGUCUUACAAAAAAUUCUGAUGAAAAAAAUAACCUCAAGAAAGUUUCAACAAGUGACAUCUACUGUGGCUUAG